AUGGCAGCAGCUCAGCGCACGCUCCGCUUCGUCUGUGGAUGUCGUAACGAUGGUACCGAGUCCCCGACGCCUUAUCAAUGCGUAACGACUGAUGUAGAGGCCACACGGAAGCGACAGCGUGUGGAUGAGACGUCUAUUGUCGAAGUGGGUCUAGUCGAGUUUAUUCGCGAUCUUGAUGAGGCCAAUGAAGACAACGACAAGUACUACGGACUGUUUGUAUGGCCGUCAGCGCUGUUGCUAUCUCGAUUUGUUGCUCAUGAAGAAAGCUGGCUCUGUCGCGAUAAAGUUGUACUGGAAUUGGGUUGUGGCACAGGACUUCCAUCGAUUCUUGCAAUGUUAUGUGGGGCUGCAAAGGUUUACCUUACAGAUCGACCCGACGCAGAUGACAUUAAGUGCAACGCAGAAGCUAACAUCACACUGAAUGGGCUCGAUGGUCGUGCAGCGUUCAUCCCGCUACCCUGGGGAGAUAUGCACGUAUCGGAUGAGAUCACUUCCAUCUUCAGAACGGUACAAGUCGUCCUUGCCGCUGACUGUUUCUACCAAUCCCAAGACUUCGAAAAGGUGAUCGCGACUGUUGCCCUCAUUUUUCGCUGCAGCUCCUCGCCUUCGUGCAAGUUUUACUUCACCUACCAAUUGCGCAGUAUCAACCGAUCGAUCGCUCCUUUACUUUCUCGCUGGGGUCUAACUGCCCGAUCGAUCUGUAAGGAUGCGUAUAUUGACGACUCAAAUGAGCUGGACGAUAGCUUAGGUCAAGACUUUGACAGUAUCUAUCUCUACGAAGUGAAACUUCAAGGCUAA